GCCCCUUUGAGUUACGUUCUCAUCUCUUCUCUACCAACUUCACACUCCAGGAGAGAAUAUGUCUGAAGCAGAAAAGGCAAACAGAGUGGGGAUCUCGUCAGGAGAUUCGUCGCAGCCUCAGCCACAAGAGAUCAUCACCGUUGACAAUCAACGCCCACACAUGUCGGUUGAUGAUUUGCUCAAGGCAAUAAAAGGAGCCAACGGCAUGCCGGUGUUGUUCGUCCCCUCCAGCGACGGCCGGCUGGCGGCGGUAGCCGUGGACGGCCUCCAUCAGAAUCUGGUGCCCACCAACUCCAUUUCCGAAAAGAAGAACCAACAGGAUUUCCGGGCCUGGCUGCUGCUCCUCACGUCACUGAUCGCUACCAUCACCUUCACCGCAGGGCUCACCCCGCCCGGCGGCUUCUGGGACGCCGACGACAGGGCAAACAGGCACAUCGCCGGCACCUCGAUCAUGCGCGACAAGUUCCCCCGCAGGUACUUCGUAUUCUACUACAGCAACACCACCGCCUUCUUCGCGUCCCUGAUGAUCAUCGGCAUGCUCGCCAAGAACGUGUACAACAAGGAGACGGUAGUGCUGAAGAACCGUUUCUUCGUAGCCCUUGUCGGCCUAUGCUUCGUGACCUUGGGGACUAGCUACAUCACCGGCACCUGGGUCAGCCCCAGGGGAGGGGUCUACAACAUCGUCAUGUUUGUGGUCGUCAUUUGCUACAUGUCCAUGCACUGGGUUCUCGACUUCAUCGUCUGGAUGCAACGCCGUGCUACAUAAAGUGAAAGAUCGAUCCCCGGAACCAUCGGUUUGUUGCUGUGAGUGAGCUAUGUUAGAACAAAAUUUUGGUAUCAGACCCCGUCUUGUAUCUGUAAAUCCCUGCCCUGUUUUUGCUGCACAUGCUACUAUUUUGACACCAUGGAGU